ACUCAUGACAUGGCAACAAAAAUCAUCUUCUUCACAGUGAACGGGAGACCGGAGAAGGCGGAGUUCCCCGGGGACUGCCCUGCGCAGGAUGUCAAAGAUCUGUUCCGCUCUGCAGCCGAGGCCGGACCCCAUGACAUCCUGAAGCUGUACAACCCCAAAGGCAACAUCACCAACAUCUCCCCGGGACUGGAGCCCAACUCCUCCAGCUGCUGCUACAAACUGGAGGUGGUGGCUGCCGACUGCAACAGUGCGGAGCUUGCAGGUGCACUGGGAUUUGACCUCUCCUCCAUGGAGAAAAGACUGCAGGGCCUCGAGAAGAGAAUCCUGACGGAGGCCGGUGACGCUCCUGCAGUGGUGUACGAGAUGAAGAAACAGGUGGAUUCAUUCCGGGAGAAACUGGAGAGUGUGGAGCACCUGAGCUGGCUGGGCUUGUUUAAAGAUCUGUCCGAGGGAACACACAAGCCCUCCCCCUUCUACCACAAGAGAACCCUGCAUAAGACCAGGAAGGAGUGUGAGCAUGUACGGGAGAAGUUCCUCCAAAUGAGCUCCCUGGAGGUAUCAGAGGAAGUGAGGCAGUACCUAAAGACCCCCACCUUUGAUAACUGGCAGUGGGAGGAUGCAGAGAUCAUGGUGCUCCUUCAGGUCAUGUACACAGAUUUAGAUUUCAUCGCAGCCUUCAACAUCGAGCCGGCGGUCCUGCAGCACUUCCUGUUCGAGGUGUACCGGAGAUACAACAACAUCCCCUUCCACAACUUCAAGCACUGCUUCUGUGUCACCCAGAUGAUGUACGGUCUGAUCUGGCUGACGGACCUGAAGAGUAAGAUGGACAGCGAGGACCUGCUCAUCAUGCUGACCUCUGCAGUGUGCCACGACCUCGACCACGCCGGGUACAACAACGCCUAUCAGAUAAAUGCUCGGACCGAACUCGCUCUCCGGUACAACGACAUCUCUCCACUGGAGAACCACCACUGUGCCAUAGCUUUUGAGAUCCUGGAGAAGACAGAGAGCAACAUCUUCAGAAAUCUGUCCAUGAAUCAGUACAAGCGGAUCAGAGAAGGGAUCAUCAAAUGCAUCCUGGCCACUGACAUGACGAGGCACAAUGACAUUCUCAACAAGUUUAAGUCCAUCCUGACAGCUUUUGACUUCACCAACAAGGAGCACAGAGAAGUGCUGAUGAUGAUCCUGAUCAAAGUGAGCGAUAUCUCCAACGAGGCGCGGCCCAUGGAGGUGGCUGAGCCCUGGUUGGACUGUCUGCUGCAGGAAUUCUACAACCAGAGUGAUGUGGAGAAGUUAGAGGGGCUUCCAGUCACCCCCUUCAUGGAUCGGGACAAAGUCACCAAGCCGUCGUCUCAAACAGGCUUCAUCAGAUUUGUCCUUCUGCCUCUCUUCAUCGAGCUGGCCAACCUCUUCCCCUGCUUGGAGCAACACAUAAUCCACCCGGUACGGAAGGCUCUGGAUUACUACACAGAGAUGGAGAAGGCGCUGGAGAGGGAGAAAGUGAUCCGGGCUCAGACACAGUGUGCUGCUGACAGCCUCACAGACUGAGGGACCCAUCUGUGGGGCCGAGGCAGCUUUAAGAAGAGGACUAUCUGAAACCUGCUGUCUAAAGAUUGUAUGGUUUUUAGAUUUGUUUGAAUGUAUUUGAACUACAACUGAAUCUAAAUGUGUAUUUUUGUAUUAUUAUCAUUAUUAUUUAUUAAUGUUUUGGUUUAUUUACCGGGCUAAGCACAAGUACUAUAUUGCGUUCAAGAAAGAAAAGGGUAAGAUUACCUUUUAUUGUAGUUUUGGUGUAUGCAGUAAUCUGUUAUGUGAUGUAAACAGUAAUAACUUUGAAAGAGUAUGUUUAAAAUACAAAACAACA